AUUAGAGAUAACAUACAUUUAUUUGGUGGGGAUAGAGAUCAGAUUACUAUAUUUGGUCAGAGCGCCGGCAGUUGGUCGGUGUCCGCACAUAUAGUCUCUCCACUAUCUAAGGGUCUAUUCAAGAGGGCUAUUAUGGAGAGCGGGGCCCAUAUGUAUAACAAGGACAGGGAUGUGAUCAGUAAACCGGAGGCCUUAGCGAGUGCCCAGAAAUUGGCCGAACAAUUAAAAUGCAAUACAACUGAACAAUGGAUACAAUGUUUACGAGAAGUGGACGCAAAGGAACUCUUAAAAUACGAGGCAUCAAUAACAUUUCCGGUGUUGGGCACCGAAUAUCUUCCUAUUUCUGAACAAAAGGCAUUUGAGACCAAAAAGUUUAAUUCCGAUAUUGAUUUAAUGGCCGGAAUGACAUCAGAUGAGGCCUCGGGUGUUAUAAGCCGUACCUUCCCCGACGUACACAACCUAACUGUCGAGGGGUUCAAGUUAUUGGUGUCGACUAUCAGUCAGACAUAUCAUGGAUUAGACGCCGAAAAUGUGACACAAUUAUAUCUCAAGAAUAUUGACCCAAAAGAUCCCGGUGCCAUUGUGCGGGCUUUCGAGGUGUUCCUUGGUGAUUUGGCAUUUAAAUGCCCCACGUAUUUGUUUGCUAAACAAUUUGCCACAAAUGCACCUAGCAAAAAUGUGUACUCAUAUGAGUUGACGUUUGAAAGUCAAUUCAUGACUAAUGCCACUGGAUGUCCACCUGGAAUA